UUAAAAUUACCAAAACAACUUUAUGCUAAUGAAUUGCAUGUUCUAAAAAUAGGGAUGAAAAAAUAUGAUUCAAUCAUAAAUACAAUCAUGUCCUAUGUUAACAACAAAUCCAACAAU